AUGUCUUUGGUGCAAACUCUUCAUUACGAAGUCAACUCGACUCAAUCGUCCUCUCGCUCUGUGAUUACAGGACCUGCUGGCUCUAAUCCUCAGACGUCAAGAGAGGUCUCAACGAUUCAAAAUAUAUCCUCCCAUGGCGCCACGCCUCCAGAAACUGGCCAUCCAGUGUUUGACCGCGUACCAUCGAUUGGGGUUACGCGGAUUCGCCGAUUGAUAACCACUGCGCUACUUAUUCUAGCAAAUCUUGUUCAGAUGAUUGUAAACUUCACUGGAGUUGCUGGUGGAAACUCUUUGAGUAAUGCAAUGGGUGCUAAACCUUCAUAUGCGGCUUGGAUUGCCGCUAGCUAUGCGCUGACUCAAGGUACAUUCGUCCUGAUGAGCGGCCGAUUGGGUGAUGUUUUCGGACACAGAGAGUUACUUGUGAUCGGUGGGAUAUGGCUCAGCGUCUGUAUCUUGAUUAGUGCCUUCUGCAACAACUUUUUUGCGUUUGUCACUAUGCGUGCUCUAGCGGGGGUCGGAGGAGCUUUGAUUAUGCCUAACGCGGCGGCUAUGAUAUCAGUAACUAAUCCGCCAGGCCGGGUGCGAAACCUGAGUUUAGGGCUUUUCGGGGCGUCUGCACCAAUCGGGGGCUACUUGGGAGCAUUAUUUCUAGGUGCCUUCCUGGAGAAAACGGACUGGAAAUGGUGCUUUAUCUUCAUAGCCUGCCUUUGUGUCCUGACCUUUAUACCUUUAUGGGCUCUUGCCCCCUACGAACCCCCAGUUGAUCGCCAGGGGAAAAUCGAUUGGGUAGGCUCUUUUCUAGGGACAUCCUCUUUGAUUUUAUUCAACUUUGUCUGGAAUCAAGCCCCCAAUGUAGGGUGGUCGAUGCCUUAUGAAAUUGUAUUACUGAUUGCAUCUUUGAUACUAUUUGGGGGGUUUCUUCUUUGGGAAAGAGACUUUGCCGUACAUCCUAUCAUGCCACUGGAUAUAUUCAAAGCGCCGUCAUUCUUGACACUACUCCUCGUCAUUUUGCUUAAUUACAUGGCCGUCGGCACACUUAUAUGGUACCAGGUCCUUUGGGUACAAGUGGUCUGGGACUGGUCAGUGUUCCAUUUUGCUGUCGGCUGGACCCCAUUUGUUAUAUGUGCGACCGCCGCCGCCUCUCUUGCUGCCUGGCUCAUUCCCCGUUUGGCCGCUCAGUGGAUACUCGCUAUUGGAACUAUCACAAUCUUGAUUUCCAAUGCAUUGAUGGCCACAGUACCCGUCCAUCAGACCUAUUGGGCUCAGAUAUUUCCAUCAGUAGUUCUAUUUUCCUUUUGUCCGGAUCUUGUAUAUACUGCCGGACAAAUAAUCGCAAGUAAUUCGGUACGUCGACAUCAACAAGGUAUCGCCAGUUCUAUUAUCGGCACUCUUAACCUUUAUGGAAAUAGCUUAGGACUGGGAUUUGCGUCCACGAUUGAGACCCAGAUUUCAAAAAGACUGGACAAUCAAAUAAUGGGCUACCGGGCAGCACUUUAUUUCGGUGUGGCAUUAAGUGCUGUUGCCCUUAUAUUGGAUGUCUGUUUUGUGAGAUUAGUCAAGGAUGAUCGAGAGGGAUGGAAUGAAGAAGAUCAGGCAUCACUUAACGCUAUUGAGCUUCAAGAUCGUGCACAAGCGACUGGUGCACAAGUUGCACCUGGUACUGCCGGAUCGUGA